GGCAGGAGGCAGGAGACCAACGUGACUGGAGUACCGAGAGGAAUCCCAAUUGCCAAAAUGGUAAAAUCCGGAAAACUUCGAUCCGGAGGAGCCCAAAAAUUAAAGCGGUGGAAGAAAGGACACAGCAGCGACUCAAAUCCAGAAACGAGUCGUUUCAGAAAUGCUGCGAGGAGCCGAUUCUUCAGUCGACCAAUAGAAAAGAGUGAUCUGACAGUAAAUGCUCUGAAACUCCACAAUGAGCUUCAGUCAGGGUGUUUGGAGACAAGCAGUGAUGCUGCAGGAGAUGCCAUGGAAGAGCCUGCACUCACAGAGAAAACCUCAGGGACUUUUCUCAGUGGGGUGUCAGACUGCUCCAACCUGACGUUUAGAAAAGUACAGAGAUACUGGGAGUCAAACUCGGCAGCACAUAAGGAGAUCUGCGCUGUAUUGGCAGCUGUCACAGAAGUGAUACGAUCUCAAGGAGGGAAGGAAACAGAGACCGAAUACUUUGCAGCCCUGAUGACGACUCUUGAAGCUGUGGAAAGCAGCGAAUCACUGGCAGCUGUUGCCUACCUCCUCAACCUGGUCAUGAAAAGGGUGCCGGCUGCAGUACUCAAGAAAAAGUUCUCCGACACAGCCAAGGCCUUCAUGGAUGUGAUGUCAAAUCAAUCCAAUUCUGAUUCUGUGUCCUACAUGCGCUGGAUCAUAUCCUGUCUGGCAACCUUGUUGCGGAAACAGGAUCUCUCAGUAUGGAGUUACCCAUCAACUCUACAGGUUUACCACGGCCUCCUCAGCUUCACAGUGCACGCCAAACCAAAGGUUCGAAAGUCGGCACAGCAAGGUGUUUGUUCCAUUCUCCGUGGCAGUGACUUCAUGUUCUCCGAUAAUGCCCCAAGCCACCACCCAGCUGCCGUAACCACGGCCAAAUUCUGCUGCAAGGAAAUAGAGCAGUCGGGAGGAAACAAAGAACAUACUACCAGUCUUCACGUGCUGGGUCUCCUGAAGGAACUUCUGUCUGUUUUUCCUCUCAGUUCUGUCAAGUCUUGCUGCGAGACCCUCCUGCGAGUCAUGACCCUGAGCCAUGUGUUGGUGACAGCAGCUGCAAUGCAGGCUUUCCACAAACUCUUCAUUGGCAAACCCAAUCCCUCCAGUAUGUCUGCAGAGCUCAAUGCCCAGAUCAUCACGGCCUUGUAUGACUAUGUUCCUAGUGAGAAUGAUCUACAGCCUUUAUUAGCAUGGCUUGCUGUAAUGGAGAAAGCUCAUGUUCAUCUCUCCAGUUUACAGAGCUCUCUGAGUCUCGGACAUCUUCCUCGCUUGUUCUCCAUCUCUGUAUCAUGUCUCCUGUCUCCACACACGCAAGUUGUUUCAGCCGCAACUCAGAUGCUAAAGACUUUGAUAAAUGAAUGUGUGGCUCCUCAUAUGGCAGAGAUCGGGCCUGUUUUACCAAGCACAUCGUCUGGAAAUGGGGUCUACAUUCUUAAGAUGUUUCGCACCGUGGAGGACGGCUUGUCCUACCGUUAUCAUGCCUCCUGGCCGUUUGUGCUGCAAAUCCUGGGAUGCUUCUACAAAGGCGCAGGAAAGCAGGCUCAUCCCAUUAUGAUUAAGAGUCUUCAGUCUCUCAGUGAACUCCGGGCCACCCCUCGCUUCCCUUUCUCUGGGGAGCUGGAUCUUGCUGUGGGUGGUGCGGUGGAGAGCAUGGGUCCAGAGGUGCUCCUGAAUGCCGUCCCCCUCCUCAUCACUGGAACAGAUGACGAUAUGGAGUUCCCACGUAGCUGGCUGAUCCCGGUCAUUAGAGAUCAUGUGAAGAACACACAGCUGGCAUAUUUCACAUCCUACUUUUUACCCCUGGCAACCAAACUCAGACGAACAGCUGAAGAACUAGUGCAGUCGGGUCAGAAACUGAUGGCCAAAGUUUAUAUGACACUUCACAUGCAGAUUUGGACUAUGAUGCCUGGAUUCUGCACUAAAGCCACAGAUCUGACAUCGUUCAGGAACAUCGCCCGGUCUCUGGGAAUGACCCUCAAUGAAUGCCCUGAUCUCCGCCUGUGCAUCUGUCAUGCCUUACGCACACUCAUCAACAAGAGUUGUGAAACAGAGGAUGAUAAGGAGGAAGUGGGUCGCUUUGCCAAGAACUUCCUCCCCAUCUUGUUUAACAUAUACAGUCAGGAGCCAACACCUGGAGUGGCGUCCGCUUCCAGGAUGGCUAUCCUGGACACAAUAAGAGUUUAUCUGACCAUCACAGAUCAAAAGAUGAUUUGCACGUUCCUGCAGAAAGCAUCGGAGAGACUUGGCAGCACAGACAGCUCUGAUUUCACACGGCUUGCUGUAAUGGAUCUGAUUGUAGCAAUGGCUCCAUUUGUGGAUGAAGCAUCUAUGACCCAAACAUAUGAACUAAUAAAACCUUUCCUGGAGAGCAAGGACACUGGCAUCCAGAAGAAGGCCUACAGAGUAUUAGAGGAGAUGUGCGGAGGAGAGAGAGAACCUUGUAAAACUUUUGUUCUGAAUAAUCUUGAGCAGCUGAAAAGAACUCUUCUGGACAGCCUGAAGACUGCAUCCUCACCUGCAAAACGUCCCAGACUGAAGUGUCUAAUCCACAUAGUGAAGCAGAUAAACGCGGAACACAAGGAUUUCGUCAUCGCAGUGCUUCCUGAGGUCAUCGUUUGCACAAAGGAAAUGUCUGUAGGGGCCCGUAAAAAUGCCUACUCCCUCCUGGUUGAGAUCGGUAAUGCUUUUGUGCGCUUUUGUGGGAACCAGAAAGAUGCUGUAAAUGAGUAUUUGAGCAAUGUGUUUGUUGGACUCAUUGGCUCCGUUACAAUGAUAACCUGCACAGUGCUGGCUCUUACACGACUAGUGUUUCAUUACAAGGAUUCUAUUGAUGUGACCUCACUGGAGCAGCUGUUGCAUAACAUCUGCCUACUGCUCACCAGCAGGACACGAGAAAUAGUCAAAGCAUCUCUGGGCUUCCUCAAGGUCCUUCUCUACGCUCUGGACGUGAAAGUGUUAGCCAGUCACCUGACUGUCAUUAUGGAAGGCAUCAGUAAAAUGAAAGAAGACAUGCGAAGACAUUUAAGGGCAAAACUUAAGAAUAUUUACACCAAGUUAUUUCGAAAAUUUGGCUUUGAGCUGGUAAAGAGCAUGUUGCCCGUCGACCACCACAAGGUCCUGGCGAACAUCCGUAAAGUGGAGGCCAGAAAUAAAAGACGCAAGCAGCUGGUUAAGGAAGAUGGGGAGGAAUCAGACAGUGAGGAAGAGACGUCUAAACCGAAGGGAGAGAGCAUUGAGGACAUUCUGGCUGAGACGGACUCUGCUGACUCUGAUGAAGAUGAGAAGCCCAAGAAGGGUCAGAAGAAGGUGGUGAAGAAGAAAAGUCAGGCCUGGCUAAAGGAAGGCGUAUCAGAUGAACCACUCAACUUCCUGGAUCCAAAGGCAGCACAGAGAGUUCUGUCCACCAAUCCUGACAUGAAGAAGGCCCCCAAAGUUGAUCAUGGGUUCAAGAUGACGUCAGACGGACGAUUGAUUAUUAAAGAUGAUGAUGAUGAGGAUGAAGACAAAUCUAAAGACCAAGAAAUGGAUGAUAUACUGGAAGAAGCUGGUGUCAAAAUCAAGAAGAACCCGAAAAGGAAAACAUACGACGAUAUGGAUGAUGAUAUGGACGUUGAACCCACAAUGAAAUAUAAAGCUGGAGGCAGAGGCAUCCACAGACCUCUGGGUGGAGGAGCGGAUGUUGGGAUGGAGUAUAAAUCAAAGAAGGGACGGGGUGAUGUGAAGAAGAAAGGCAAGGUUGACCCGUACGCUUAUGUUCCUUUGGAAAAAUCCCAGCUGAACCGCAGGAAAAAGGCCAAACUGCAGGGCCAGUUUAAAGGUAUGGUCAGAGGAGCCAAGAAAGGAGCGCUCUCUGGAAAGAGAACAUUGCAGAGGAAGAGGAAAGCUUGAGAUGCACAUCAACACGGUCCACAUGUGUUUGUAUACAAGCAGAAAAAUGACCUUAUCUGCAGGAUAAAAUGAUGUUCUUAUGGUUCUUCUUAGAGCUGCUGUCAUUUCUCAUGGAAUGAUGCAAUUACACGUAGACACAAUUUUUCCUGUAUAAAUGUUUGUUUCGGGGAACUUCCCGUGGAAGAGUCUCCUCAAAAGAUGAUGUUUGCAGUGGUUGUAUUGUAAGCAGAUGGCAGGUUGAUGAUAGCUUUGUGCAAAAUAUGUUUAUGUACUUGCUAUGUUGGACAAAGUAAACAUGUUUGUUGAUUUCAGAGUAAAAAUGCUUCUUUAAGGUGCCUUGUCACAAAUCUA